GGGGGCGGGAACUCGUAAAAGCAGCAGCGGCGAUAUUUUGGCGACACAUUUCACCAUUUCCAAAAUAACUUCGUGCGAUUUCAGUUGGACCGAAAGGGAGCAAGGGUGCUAGAAAAGCCUCACAAAGUUUUCUGAUGUCUAAAACUUGAUGAAAGAUGCCUUGCAGCAUUGAGUCCAAUUUCAUCUGUUAAAACAUCCUCCCAGUAAUCCAGUAGAUGUCCACCCCUACGGACCCGUCAGGUGGUAUGUCCCAUCCUGGUCCUUCCCCUGGGGCAGGGCUAUCUCCAGGGCCCAUCUUGGGCCCUAGCCCUGGCCCUGACCCUUCACCAGGCUCUGUUCACAGUAUGAUGGGCCCAAGCCCUGGGCCUGGUACCCCAAGUGCAUCUCAUGGUAUGCAGAGCCAAGGGCCGGGGGAUUAUGCUCAGGACAGCAUGUAUCCUAUGCACAAGUCCAUGGAGGGGAUGAAUGACAAGGCCAUGGCUGAUGCAAUGCAUUUUGGCCACAUGAAGGGCGUAGGGAUGAGGUCUCUCCACAGUGGCAUGGGGCCUUCACAGAGCCCUAUGGACCAGCACAGCCAAGGUUACAUGUCUCCCCACCCAUCCCCCAUGGGUGCCCAUGAGCAUGCCUCUAGCCCCAUGUCUGGAGGUGGAGGUGGAGGUGGACCUACUCCACCUCAGAUGGCCCCCAAUCAGCCAGGCCCCAUGAUGCCCAUGGAUCCCCAGGGAGCCAUGCCCAGCAUGGGGCCGCAAAAUCGGGGGCCGUCUGCCUUCAGUCCUGUCCAGCUGCAGCAGCUCCGAGCCCAGAUCUUGGCCUAUAAGAUCCUAGGUCGUGGGCAGCCCCUGCCCGAAAACCUCCAGCUGGCCGUCCAGGGUAAGAGGAGUCUUCCCACCAUGCAACAGCAACAACAACAACAGCAACAACAACAACAACAACAGCAGCAGCAACAACAACAGCAACAACAGCAACAACAACAGCAACAACAACAACAAACAGCUGGUGCAAACCCAUAUAACAGGCCUCCAGGUAUGCCAAUGGCACCUAUGGGCGGUCCCCAGUCGAGCCCUUGUCCUACUCCGACCAUGCAAGGACACAGCCAGAACACAGGACCAAAGCCUUGGCCUGAGGGGCACAGUGGAGAAAAUUCAAGUAACCCUCAGAAGCACCUGGCCCCAGCUACCAGUGGGCGCCCGUCCCCUGCACCACCCCAGGCUCCUGCUUUGCCACCUGGUCCUAUGCCAAGCAGCUCAGUGACCCCGCAGCCCCCAGGGCAGCAGGCUUCCCCCAUGCUUCAGCUGCAACAGAAGCAGAACCGAGUCACACCGAUCCAGAAGCCCCAGGGAUUGGACCCAGUUGGGAUCCUGCAGGAGAGGGAGUACAGGUUGCAGGCUCGGAUCGCCCACCGAAUCCAGGAACUAGAAAGUCUUCCAGGUUCUCUGCCCCCUGACCUGAGAACCAAAGCUACCGUGGAGCUCAAGGCACUGCGUUUGCUCAACUUUCAGCGACAGCUGAGGCAGGAUGUGGUGGCAUGCAUGAGGCGUGACACCACCCUGGAGACGGCGCUGAACUCAAAGGCGUACAAGCGCAGUAAGCGGCAGACACUGAGGGAAGCGCGCAUGACCGAGAAACUGGAGAAGCAGCAGAAGAUCGAGCAGGAGAGGAAGCGAAGGCAGAAACACCAGGAGUACCUGAACAGUAUCCUGCAGCAUGCUAAAGACUUCAAGGAAUACCACAGGUCCAUUUCAGGCAAAAUCCAGAAGCUCACCAAAGCCAUCGCUACCUGGCACACCAACACGGAACGGGAGCAGAAGAAGGAGACUGAGAGGAUCGAGAAGGAGAGGAUGAGGAGGCUUAUGGCUGAGGAUGAGGAAGGCUACCGCAAGCUGAUUGACCAGAAGAAGGACAAGCGGCUGGCCUACUUGCUGCAGCAGACAGACGAGUACGUGGCCAACCUCACCAAUCUGGUGUAUGAGCACAAAGCCGCCCAGGCCGCCAAGGAGAAGAAGCGGAAGAAGAAGAAGAGGAAGAAGGUGGACGGGGAAGGUGAAGGCACCAGUGCAAUAGGACCUGAUGGAGAGCCCAUGGAUGAGAGCAGCCAAAUGAGCGAGCUUCCUGUCAAGGUGAUUGAGACGGAAACCGGGAAAGUGUUGCAGGGAACAGAUGCUCCCAAAUCCAGUCAGCUGGAAGCCUGGCUGGAAAUGAAUCCUGGAUACGAAGUUGCUCCGCGGUCAGACAGCGAAGAGAGCGGCUCAGAUUUUGAGGAAGAGGAAGACGAGGAGGUGGUUACCAAGGCCGAGACAGAGGAAAAGAAGAUAAUUGAUGCCAAUGGAGAAGAGGUGGCUGUGACCGCCGUCAAGCAUAUAAUCGAGUCGGCCAAGCAGGAUGUGGAUGAUGAGUACAGCGUCCCUACAGGGGAAACCAGCUCACAGUCUUAUUAUGGAGUGGCCCAUGCUGUCAUCGAGAGAGUGGAGAAGCAGUCCUCGCUUCUCAUCAAUGGAACACUGAAACACUACCAGAUCCAGGGACUGGAGUGGAUGGUGUCCCUGUAUAACAACAACCUAAAUGGCAUCCUCGCUGAUGAAAUGGGCCUGGGUAAAACCAUCCAGACCAUUGCCCUCAUCACCUACCUGAUGGAGUACAAGAGGCUCAACGGUCCUUACCUCAUUAUUGUUCCCCUCUCGACCUUGUCCAACUGGGUUUACGAGCUUGACAAGUGGUCACCUUCUGUGGUCAAAAUAGCUUACAAGGGCACCCCGUCCUUGCGCCGGGGUCUGGUACCUCAGCUCCGUAGUGGGAAGUUCAAUGUUUUGCUCACCACGUAUGAAUACAUCAUCAAGGACAAGCACAUACUGGCAAAGAUUCGCUGGAAGUACAUGAUUGUGGACGAGGGCCACCGUAUGAAGAACCACCACUGCAAGCUGACCCAGGUGCUGAACACUCAUUACGUGGCUCCCCGCCGCCUGCUGCUCACCGGCACGCCACUGCAGAACAAACUGCCCGAGCUGUGGGCCCUGCUCAACUUCCUGCUCCCCACCAUCUUCAAGAGCUGCAGUACCUUUGAGCAGUGGUUCAACGCCCCGUUUGCCAUGACAGGAGAGAGGGUGGACCUCAACGAGGAGGAGACCAUUCUGAUCAUUCGCCGUUUGCAUAAGGUGCUCCGUCCAUUCUUACUACGCCGACUGAAGAAAGAAGUGGAGUCUCAGCUGCCAGAGAAGGUGGAGUAUGUCAUAAAAUGUGACAUGUCAGCUAUCCAGAAAGUUCUGUACCGCCACAUGCAGAAAGGCAUCCUCCUCACAGAUGGCUCUGAAAAGGAUAAGAAGGGCAAAGGAGGGGCUAAGACCCUGAUGAACACCAUAAUGCAGUUGAAGAAGAUCUGCAACCACCCAUAUAUGUUCCAGCACAUUGAGGAAUCUUUUGCUGAGCACUUGGGCUAUCCAAAUGGCAUCAUUAAUGGGCAUGAGCUCUAUCGGGCCUCUGGGAAAUUUGAGCUGCUAGAUCGCAUCCUGCCCAAGCUACUAGCCACCAACCACAGAGUCCUCCUUUUCUGCCAGAUGACCUCUCUGAUGACCAUCAUGGAAGACUACUUUGCCUACCGCAACUUUCUCUAUCUGCGUCUGGAUGGGACCACCAAGUCUGAGGACCGGGCAGCACUGUUGAAGAAGUUCAAUGAGAAGGGCUCUCAGUAUUUCAUCUUCCUGCUGAGCACCAGAGCCGGCGGCCUGGGCCUCAACCUGCAGGCUGCUGACACUGUUAUCAUCUUUGACAGUGACUGGAACCCUCACCAGGACCUGCAGGCCCAAGACCGCGCCCAUCGCAUAGGCCAGCAGAACGAGGUGCGCGUGCUCCGUCUCUGCACUGUCAACAGUGUGGAGGAGAAGAUCCUGGCUGCGGCCAAGUACAAACUCAACGUGGACCAGAAGGUCAUCCAGGCGGGCAUGUUUGACCAGAAGUCCUCCAGCCACGAGCGCCGAGCCUUCCUCCAGGCCAUCCUGGAGCACGAGGAGCAGAACGAGGAGGAAGAUGAGGUGCCUGAUGAUGAAACCCUGAACCAGAUGAUUGCUCGUAUUGAGGAUGAAUUUGAACUCUUCAUGCGUAUGGACAUGGACCGCCGCCGUGAGGACGCUAGGAACCCGAAGCGGAAGCCACGUCUCAUGGAGGAAGAUGAGCUGCCGUCUUGGAUCAUCAAGGAUGACGCAGAGGUGGAGCGUCUCACCUACGAGGAGGAAGAGGAGAAGAUGUUUGGUCGUGGCUCACGCUGCCGCCGUGAUGUGGAUUACAGCGACACUCUGACUGAGAAGCAGUGGCUCAGGGCCAUUGAGGAUGGUAAUCUGGAGGAGAUGGAGGAGGAGAUCCGUCUGAAGAAGCGCAAACGCAAGAGGCGUCAGGGUAAGGGCUCCUCCAGCAGAGAGGAUGACGGACAAAAGGCCAAGAAGAGACGUGGACGGCCACCGGCUGAGAAGCUUUCCCCCAACCCUCCCAAGCUCACCAAGCAGAUGAACACGAUUGUGGACACAGUCAUCAACUAUAAAGAUGGGUCUGGAAGACAACUCAGCGAGGUCUUUGUCCAGCUGCCAUCGAGGAAGGAGCUCCCAGAGUAUUAUGAGCUUAUCAGGAAGCCGGUGGACUUCAAGAAGAUCAAGGAACGUGUCAGGAACCAUAAGUACAGAAGCGUGGGAGACCUGGAGAAAGAUGUGAUGCUGCUCUGUCACAAUGCCCAGACCUUUAACUUGGAGGGCUCCCAGAUAUACGAGGACUCCAUUGUGCUUCAGUCUGUGUUUAAGAGUGCCCGGCAGAAGAUUGCCAAGGAGGAGGAGAGUGAGGAAGACAGUGAUGAUGAUGAUGAUGAUGAAGAGUCGGAGGCUGAGUCUAAGUCGGUGCGGGUUAAGAUCAAGCUGAACAAAGAGGAGCGUGGCCACGACAAAGGCAAGAGGAGGCAGGGCCGUGGGAAGGCGAAGCCGGUGGUCAGCGACGACGACAGCGACGAGGAGGAGCAGGAGGAGAAUGAUCAGUCAGAGAGGAGCAAAAGUGAUGAUGAAUGAGGGCCUAAAAGACAUUAUCAUCUGUAUCUGUAUGUGUCACUGUUGUUGUCUUUUCAUUUACUUUUUUUUUUUUUUGCUUUGUGUUGCUGUCCUCACAGCAACUUGUAUAGUGUUCCCCCACCAGCCUAAAGUGUACGAGAGGAUACGCUACAGCAAUAAUAACCAAUAAUCAAUCUGCAUAUAUGCCAGUUUGGAAAAAUCUAUUUUACAAUAUAUUUUUUAACUUGGUGCCUCAAAAAAAGAUUUAAAAUUUUGUCCCCAAAAAAAAAAAAAGAAAAAAAAAGUUAAUAUACCAGCUAAGGCUUUGUUUGUAAUGGCUUGCUUGCAACUUUGUUCAAAAAAAAAAAAGAAAAGAAGAAAAAAAUAAGUGUAAAACUCUGAAAUUGAAAUGUGGACUUGGUAACAAAUGUUAUAACCCUGCAGGUCGUCCCAAAAUAAUGUGCCGUGCAACUGGACCGCUGACUUACACACGGAGUUUACAUUCAGUUUGGGGAGGAUGGCGCUGUCAGGCCAGAACCUGUCCGGGUGACAUCAUGACAGCUGGCGUUCCCGACACUCCUCUCUCGCUGUAGUUCGUAGAUGGAGUGGUAACCCGGCAGGCAAAAGCGGGGUCAGUAGUGCGCUCUUUCAGCUACACCGUACGGUACAUGUGCAGGGUCACCUUUUAUAUUCCACUUGCGGUUGUUUCUACUAGGAUAUGUUUUUCGAAAAGCACAAAACAGGACACUUUUAAGCGAAAGUUCAUCUACUGGUUGAUCACCUUGUUAACUAGCUAGCAAACUAGCUAGCUGACGUUAUGUAGCGUGGGCGAGAUUUUCAAUAAAGAUGUUCUAUAAAUCUAUUUUCCAUUAAAAUGAAACAUCCAGUAUUUAUACUAUUAUAUGUUUUUUGACAUCGCUGACAGGUUAGCUAGGUAGCUAGGUAGCUAGCAACCCAAAAACAGGGUGACGCAAUGCGAGCUGCAUUGUGAUGACGUCACCCGGACACAUUUUUGGCAGCCCAGACACAAGCUGGCCUGACACAGCUAAAGGAUGAUGGGAAAACUUUCUGCUAUGCAUUGCCAAUCUUUUACAAUCCAUCCCAGUCCUUCUAACCGCACCAAAGACCUCGCUGUCUUCCCAAACGGGGCAACAUUACGGUUGGAACCCUUUAACACAGAUAUUAAAACCCCAACUGAUGCCAAUCACUGAACCUUUUUUUGGGGGGGGGGGGGUAAAGCCAAUGAGAAAAUCUCUUUCAGUGCCCAGUGAAGCAUACAUUAUUUUGGUAUGGCCCCCUAAUGGCGAAAGGCCUCUUUUCGUUUUUUCUUUUUUUCUCAAAACUGCAUUUGUUCAAUGUUUUAAGCUUUUCUCUUCCACACGGCACACCAGCUAGCUUGUGUUUUAUUUCAUCAUGUCUUGUCGUGCUUUUCAGGAUGUUGUGUGUCCGAACGGAGCUCUUAUUCAGCACUUGCUCCCAUCUCCUAAUGCAAAAAAAAAAAAAAAAAAGAAUGAAAGAAAGAAAAGAAAGAGGAAAAAAAUUUUUUUUCAGAUUGAUGUCCUGUUUGGUCUUCUGAGGCUCAUUAUUGGGUAUGAUAUGAAUUCAGCCCCGGGCAUCCGUGGGGAAAACGACACAGCUUGUAUUAUUGGAGCAUCCCCGCCAUGUACCUGACACGGAGCAGGCAGUAAAUGUAGCUUCAUUUGUUUUUCCUUUAUCGUGUUUUGACCCGUGAAAGGCAUUGCCAGGGUAGCGCGCCAUGCAUUGCAGUUGUAGCAAACAGACGUUCAAGACAACAACUCCCGAUGGGGCGUCCGGGUAGGGUGGCGGUCUAUUCCGUUGCCUACCAACAUGGGGAUCGCCGGUUCAAAUCCCCGUGUUACCUCCGGCUUGGUCGGGCGUCCCUACAGACACAAUUGGCCGUGUCUGCGGGUGGGAAGCCGGAUGUGGGUAUGUGUCCUGGUCGCUGCACUAGCGCCUCCUCUGGUCGGUGGGGGGGCGCUUGUUCAGGGGGGAGGGGGAGCUGUGGGGAAUAGCGUGAUCCUCCCACGUGCUACAUCCCCCAGGUGAAACUCCUCACUGUCAGGUGAAAAGAAGCGGCUGGUGACUCCACAUGUAUGGGAGGAGGCAUGUGGUAGUCUGCAGCCCUCCCCGGAUCAGCAGAGGGGGUGGAGCAGAGACCGGGACGGCUCGGAAGAGUGGGGGUAAUUGGCCGGAUACAGUUGGGGAGAAAAAGGAGGGGAAAGACGACAACUCUCAGCUGGACCCUGUAAAGCAAGUACACAAACCAUUUCAACCAUUACGAGCAUCGCCGGUGUGAUUGCCAUAAAGCAACAGACAACAAGGAGUACAAAGAAAACAGUGUUAUUGUUCUGAACACCUUUCAAAUGAAACGAGACUGUAACAUGCAGUACAUUGAUUUAUUCAUAUGGAUUUAAAUGUUUCUAUGUUAUUUUUACAUUUUGAAUAGUUUUUAGCUUCUCUUCUUCAUUGGGGUGCAUGGCUUUCUGUUUUGUUGUUUUUGGGGGGUUUCUUGUAGCAUGUCCUCGUCUGCGAGCAUACCGUGUUCUCACAUGCAGAUGUCUGGUAUGUGUGGUCUUUGCAAGCCAACUCUCCAUAAGUGUGACUUAACCUUUGCUUUCUUUGCACAAUGUCUUUGUGGUUGUAUCUCGAAGCCCAGGGCAAAUAAAAUCUCACCAAAUUUGA